CCGGAAUCAACUACAUGUAUGCACUCUAUAACACAAAGCUCAAAGACAAUCACAUUUCUCGGCGUCUCGCCACUCACUGACCUUACUAUCAGUGUAGUCGGUGCCUAGCUUUAUCUGACCGGACAUUCUGAUCUAUAUAUAUAGACCCCUUUGUAACACAGCCACUUUGCAGGCACCGGAAAUUCUAGGUCAGUUUAACUUAAGAUAAGACUAUUUCACUGUACACGGGCACAUAUCAGACAAUGGAGUCGCGAAUUUUGUUCGUCGUCUGUCUCUGCUUCGGCGCUUUGUUGGCGGAUGCAACCACCAUUGCUGAUGGCGAGACGACGUCUCAGGAGAGCGGGGAUUUGAUUGGUCAAAUGCUGAAGAUGAUUCAGAGGCUAGAGGACCGAGUUAAAGAGCUGGAAGCUGACGUCAUUAAUGGGCAGAAGGAGAGAGCGGAACUCCAGACGAGGGUGCAGGAUGUAUCGGUUAAGUGUGAAUUUAGGAUAACUGAACACAAAGGAUUAUCUAAACGUCAGGUCGGCGCACAUCAAAAUGCCUUCUACGCCUACAUGUCAACCAAUCUUCAAUAUCCUCAUCCGGAUCGCACUUUCAUUUUCGAUACUGUCCGAACCAAUGUGGGUUCCGGGUAUAGCAACGCCACUGGAAUUUUCACGGCUCCCCGGGACGGGACGUUCGUGUUUACUUGGACCGUCAUUGUGGACGCUACGUCUUAUGUCUUCUCCGAGCUUACCGUCAACUCUGUCGCAUUAGGAAACGUUAUCAGUGAUAGCCAAGAGCAGAAUGAGUACCACACCACCACGGGCGUGGCAGUAGCCCAGUUAAGUCAGGGGGACGCCGUCAGGGUGCGCUCUCAUCCUAAAGUCAACAUACACGGAAGUGUUCUAAGCUCCACCACGCACCGCACUUCCUUUUCCGGAUGGCAGCUUUAUUAAACUUCCUUAAUUUGGCGGAUAAUAUUCAAUCAAUCCGAAUUUCCUCAAUCCAUUUGCUGAUAAUGAUCACAUCGAAUACAAGGGAUGAGUUUCCACUGUUUGUUUGUUUCUCAUAUUAAAUGAAUGUUUAUUUCA